CGGCUCCCGCAGGCAAUUAAGUCGCCUGAAAUCGAAAUCGGGGCGAACGCCUUAUCGCGGUAAAAAGAAAAAGAGUAAUUUGUGAUACCUGUCCGCCGUGUAUUGGCUUGUUCGGAGCGCUACGCGCUUAAGUGGUGUUAAUUUUUUAUUAAUUAUUAUCGUAUUUAUUACUCAACGAAAGUGAAGUGCGAAAUCGGUCGCCUCAAGUGCCCGGCCAUACGUGCAAAGCCCAUAAAUAAAUUACACAGCCAUAUAGCCGUGAUCCUUCACUCUUUUCCGCACUUCCAUUCUGGCAUCGAAUUGCACCUGAUAAUGCAAACGGACUCCGCCUGAUUAUAUUUCGAUUUGGAGUGCCAGUGCGGGUGAUACCUCUGAUUCCCCUGAUUGCGGAUAGUUGCCCCCGAAAAUGAUCCCGCUGCAGUUACUCUGAUCCAAGCCAAUCCUAACCCAUCCGAUCUGGAGCCACCAUGGACUCGUACUUCGACUCGGCCAUCGAGUACAACCGCACCAAUCCCAUCACUUUGGCCAGGACCAGUGAACAGUCCCAAACGGUGCAGAACGAAAAGAACUGGGAAUGGUCGUAUCUAGUGAGAAAAUGUCGCAACCUGGAGCUGGAGGACUCGUACGACAUGUACAUGCGGCGCCUGCGUGUUGGCUAUCUAUCCCUGUUCAUCUUCAUCCAUGUGGCGGUGACAGUGAUCCACACACUCCUCCUGCUGACCACGCCGGAGAUCAGAUAUGUGUAUGUGGACAUGGUGGCCUACAUUUGCUCCGGCUUGGUCAUCUGGAUGGUGCUCUCCGUCAACUUCCGCAGUGAUCUAGUGAGCAAGCACAGCUGGGUGGUCUAUGCCACCUCCUGGCUGGCGGUUUGCGUUAUGGUCCUGAUGGACAUCGGCCUGAAUGUGUACCAUGCCACCAGCCAUAAUGACAUCCUUAAUCCCAUCUACGAUGCUUACACCCUGUAUGCCAUAUACAUGUUCAUGCCGGUUCCCUAUCUACUGCAACCAUUUGUUUUGGGUUCAGCAGUCACCCUGUGCUACAUUAUAAACUAUAGUUUCGUGAUCACCGCCAAGGAUGACAACCAGAUGCACAGCAUCCUGAAUGAGGCCAUCUACCUGAGUUGCGUCAAUCUCCUGGGGAUUUUCUUUCGCCUGAUGCGGGAUAUUGCGCUAAGGACAACCUUCCUGGAUCGUCGGCAAUAUGUGGAGGAGAAUCUCCUGUUGCGCUAUGCCAGAGAUCAGGAGCGGAGUCUCUUGCUGAGCAUCCUGCCCGCCCAGAUUGCGGAUAGAUUGCAGGAGGAUGUGAAGAACCGCAUCGAGAGAUCCAAGCAGCAGCACCAGCAACGAUCCCAAGUGGAUAUGCGAAGGAGUGCGGAUAGUCAGACUCUGAAGAGGUGGAGGCAACCUGAUCAUGGCACCCUCUUUAUAGAGCCCCACGAGGACGUCACUGUUCUCUACGCAGAUGUGGUCAACUACACCCACCUGACCACCACUUUGGACGUCAAAAAGUUAGUGGAGGCUCUGCAUGAUCUCUUCGUGCGUUUCGACAGCGCCAGCGAGGAUUACAACGUGCUGAGGAUCAAGUUCCUGGGCGAUUGCUACUACUGCGUGGCUGGAUUGGCCAAUCCCAAUGCGGAUCACGCCAAGUGCUGCGUGGACCUGGGCUUAAGGAUGAUCAAGGACAUUCGCGAUGUCAGGGAGAAGCGUCAUCUAAACAUCGAUAUGAGGAUUGGAGUCCACUCUGGAGAUGUCCUGUCCGGCGUCAUUGGCGCCGCCAAGUGGCAGUUUGACAUCUGGUCAAAGGAUGUGGAUAUCGCCAAUAGACUGGAGGCCACAGGAGCCACCGGAAGGGUGCAUGUGAGCCAGAAGACCCUCUCCCUGCUGGAUGGCGAGUACUUCUACGAGGACGGCACCGAAAAGGCUCGAGAGGAUCCGGUGCUCCAGAAGCAUGGCAUUCGCACCUUCCUGAUCAAGUCACUGCGCGCCCCCAUGCACGACCCGCGUCGCAGGAUGAGGGAGCGGCAGGCCAAGAAGCUCAGCGAGGCCAGCAAGGCCAACUUCAUGCACAACUCGACGCUCCACCAGUACAACCAGGUGCGCAACCAGGCCAAGCUGGAGAUGUGCCGGGAGCUGGACAAGAUGCCCAUCGGCAGGAUACAACUCACCAAAGUCUUUCGGCGAAGCACUCGCCUCACCCAGGAUGAGAUCGAGGAGGAGACCUUCCGGCGCAACAUCAGCUCCUGCUGCCUGUUCUUCCGCAUCCGCAACUGGGAGUUCCAGUACAUGAAGGAGCCGGAUGUGAUGCUCAAGUACAGCAUCGCCCUGUCCUGGGCCAUCUACAUGGGUCUGCUGAGCAUCCAGCUGCUGAGCAAGGAUGCCCGCUAUCACUACUGGUUCAUAGAUGGCACCACAAUCAUCCUGCUCACCAUGCUUCUGAUCAUAUCCUGGUACAAGAAACUCUGGAUCAUGUACAUGUCCGAUGCGGAUGUCUCUUCCCCAAAUGGCAGGCUAAGUGGAUUCUUCUUCCGGCUUUCAGAUGAAAUGCAGCGGAAUGUGGUUAUCCGGAUAGUGAUGUACUUUCUGAUCAUUUUCUCCUACUGUGCGGUGGCCAUCAUGCAAGUGGUUGGCUGCAGCAGCGAUGAGGAUUACGGGGAUCUGGAGCCCAGUUACGACGAGCGGGUGCAGUGCUUUCAUCCUUGGAUCCUAACCAACUGCAUGACCUUGGUGAUUGGCAUGUCUUUUCUGUUCACCCGGAUACCCUUCAUCAUCAAGUCCUGUUUCUCAGCGCUAAUAAUGAUUGGUUAUGCAGUACUCGUGGUGUCCGAAUUUAACUAUAUUUACGCCAGUAGUCCAUCCACCAAUGUCAACUUUAAUGCCAAGUACUCGCAUAUUCUCUUGAUGAUCAUCACCUUUGGCAUUUUCCACCUGAUGGAGCGACAAACGGAGUUCAUUGCCAAAGUGGACUACAACUGGAAAAGGCAACUGCUUAAAAAGCAGGAGGAUGCCUUAAUCACCAAUGAUACCAUUAAAGUGCUACUUACCAAUAUUUUGCCCACUCAUGUUGCCGACUUUUAUCUGUCCAACCAACUCCAAAAUGAGCUCUACUACGAGGAGUACGACAAUGUGGCGGUAAUGUUUGCCUCCAUUAAAAACUUCGACACCGACAAAAUAGGUUUGCGAGUGCUGAACGAGAUUAUCUGCGACUUUGACGAUGUGUUAAACAAGUACUCGCAGAGCCUGCGCGUGGAGAAGAUCAAGGUGGCCAACUGGACGUACAUGGCGGCCUGUGGCCUGGAUGUUUCUCGCUCGGAGCAGGUGAAUGCCCCCCAGAUGAAGUUCCGCAAUGUGUCGCUGAUGCCAAAUGGAAGAAGGAGUCGCUACGAUGGAGCCCGCACCUCAAAUACAGAUGGAGUUCAGCGGGUUCCCUAUGGGAAUGGUAGUAACAUAGCCCUGGAUCUUGACCUGGAGCGGGGUCAGUACGAGGGCAAUGUGAUAACGAGUAAUGGACCACGGAUAAGCACCACCCAAAAUGGGAGCAGCAGCAACGAGGUGGUGCGGGUAAUGGCCGAAUUUGCCCUGGAUCUGAUGAGGACCAUGAGGCGUUUUAAUACGGAGAAUAUGCAGACAGAGUACGAGGGCAGCACGGAUUAUGGGAUGCUGAGGAUCGGAAUAUCUCAUGGCAGGGCGAUGGCGGGAGUGGUGGGCAACUCGAAGCCCCACUAUGACAUUUGGGGCAAUCCUGUGAACAUGGCCUCCCGCAUGGACUCCACCGGAGUCCCGGGACAGAUCCAGGUCACCGAGAACACGGCCCUCAAGCUGCGCGAGUUCAACAUCCAGUGCAACUACAGGGGCAUGACCUACGUCAAGGGGCGUGGCAACAUACCCACCUACAUCAUCGGCACCGACAGCGAAUACCAGUUCCUGCCGCACCGCCCAUCGCCCGCGGCAAACAAAGAAGACUAGCUGAAUUUACCAGAGAUUAGUUCUAAAGCAAACCAGUGUAUAUAAAUACCAUAGGCUUAAGAUAUCCACUUUUCCGUAUUUUGUAGCUUGUAUGUGUGCCAAUUACUAAUUUAAAUCCCU